CUUGCAUGGCUUGGAUAACACUUGCACAUUUAAAAAAAAUGUAAGGAUGAUGAUUGUGAUGUUGGUAACUGGAAAGCCUCCAUUGUUGGAGGACGAGAAGCCGUAUCUAAUUGAAGCAGCACGGGCUUUUGCGAUGACUGUGGAAACCACUGCUUAUGCCUUGCUUCAAGCAUUGUCAAGGAAUGAUUUUGACUAUGCAACACCGAUUGUGAGGUGGCUAACGAUGCAACAGAACUAUGGUGGUGGAUUUCACUCGACGCAGGUAAAUGCUUGAGAUCACAA